AUGGGCGAGGACCGCACCCCGUCCACCGCCUCGUUCGCAGCCAGCUCAAAGUCCCUCAGCGUCCGCAGCAAGCUCCCGCCCACCCCGCCCAUCAAGUCCGUCGUCACUUCUCCCCCCUGGGCAAAAGACGAGCCCCCUUCCCCCACCGACGCUGAAUUCCUACGCCCGCCCUCGCCCGGCGGCCCCCACCCUCCCUCCGAAGCCCGGCGCUCCGACGUCCACUCCCUCCACUCCUCUGCCGCACCCAGCGACGAGCACCAGCGAUGGUGGGCCUUCACCCGCCACAUCCCCCAGCCCUCGUCCUCCUUCUCCACCAUCGGCCCCGCCUCCUCCGCCCUGCCCGAAAAGAAGACCUCCACCUCCCUUCGAGCCAUGUCCACAUGGAUGUCCUCCGCCGCCGCCCACCCCCACGCGGACGACGCCUCCUCGUCCUCCACAGAGCGGCCCCCAGGGCCCUCCGCCCGCAGGGAGUGGGGUCUGCACCUCGCGAUGCCCACCCCGCCCACCGCCCCCUUCACCCUCGCCCAGAGUCGCACCCCGGGCUGGGACUCUCCUUGGGCUCCCCGCCCGCCCGAAGGCCCCGAGCACGAUCACAUCCACGCCCACGCCCACGCCCAUGCGCACGCGCACGCCCAUGACCAAGACACCCGGACACUCAGCCCCUGGGCCCGGCGCAGGAAGCGGGCGCGAGCAUAUCUGCUGAGCAAUACAUACGUCCCUCUGCUUUUCCGUUUCGUCAACAUCACAUUCACCACAGCCGCCCUCGCGGUGGCCAUCCGCAUCCGGCUGCUCGAAAGGACGCACGCUGUCGUCGGCGCGCUCGGCAGCUCUCCGACAUUGAUUCUGAUUUUCGCGCCGUUGACGCUGGUGCACGUCAUGGUUGCCAUCUACCUCGAGUACUUCGGCAGGCCGCUCGGCCUCUGGCGCACGUCGGGCAAGCUCGCGCACACGCUGCUCGAGGUGCUCUUCAUCUGCGCCUGGUCGGCCGCGCUCUCGCUCUGCUUCGACAACUUCUUCACCUCGAUCGUGCCCUGCGCGUCGCACAACUCGAUCGCGUGGUACAGCAGCAUCCCGCGCCCGACGAGCCCGUUCGGCGACCUCGGCCGGCACGAGGGCGGCGUCGGCGACGCGCUGUGCGACGACCAGCUCGCGCUCAUCUGCCUCGUCGGCAUCGGGCUGCUGAUGUACUGCUUCAACCUGAUCAUCAGCCUCUAUCGCAUCUUCGAGAAGGUCAAGUACCAAUCCACGAUGGUGUAA